UCUGGGGGUUUCUCGUGCUGAAGGCUCAUAGUCUUCCUCCCAGGCUUUUUCCUUGUCGUCUCCUUUGUCCAUCUUGGCCGGAUGUCAGAGACUUGCGCAGUGUCCCCUGCAAGCUUUGUCUUCUAGUUGUCCUUCAGCUUUCUUAAUCUCCUGGUCAGAUAUCCGAGACAUGCAUAGUGCCCCAUGCAAUAGUCAUAAUAGUUAGCAGUCGUUCUGAAAACUCCCAGAUAUCAGAGACUUCAAGGAAAAGUCUAUAAAUACAUUUCCCUUCAAGUUCUCUAUUGACACGAAUUGCUAAAACAUUCCUCACAUCCCUUUCUUAUAUUUUGAGAGCUUGUGAUCUUUGUUUUUUACUGUUCUCACGCUGCUCAUCCUGUUUUUCUCAAGCUUCUACCUUAUUGGGGAACAGUGAGGCCUUCUACUGUCCACUUAUCUACUUGGCAUUUCUCUUUGUUCUGACUACACAACUACUUUUGAAUACGGAAGGUUAGUUUCUACUGAAAAAAACAAACAAACAACAACAAAAAAACAACAAACAAAAAGAAAAAAAAAAACACUCUACUUCAAAAACACGUUCAACUGCAAAAACACAACUUAGUUUCUCACAGGACUGAUAUAGGGAAUAUCAACGGGAGGACCCUGAAGAUAAGGGAGGAGAAGACUCCAUACCAGCAAGAUAAGGGAGGAAAAGACCCCAUACACACAGAUAAUAGAACCAGCAAGAACUGACUUGGACUGCUGAAGUCUUUAAAUGAGUGAAAGGGUCAAAAGUUUAGCAGCGAGGAAGACUUUUGGCCCUAUCGUCAUUCGAUACCCCCCAAUAACGCAGAACAGAGCCGCAGCCCCAGCCUCCCCCCCCCCCCCCCCCGAACAGGCAGGAGCUGUGCUUGUGCCGCUGUGGGUGCUGACGUGCUGAGGCUGGAGCCAGGGGUGACAACAGCCCACCCACCCCCCGGCACUAUAAAAGUAGUCCCUAGGGAGCACCGUGACCCAGGAGCACCACUAACAGGAUGCGCUAACAGGACCAGUUUGGCAGUUAGCACAGGCAGUUCAAGCGGGGCAGGGAGGAGAACCUAGACCUCGCCAUGGUGGGCACCUGUUACAGCGGUCAGUCCGAGGUGGCAACCCAAACGGAGGAGAUGCUGCCUCUCUGGGCUCAUGUGGGCACCCAGGUGGAUCCCCUGAGGGGGGAGGUGGCAGUCCAGACAGGUGACUGUGGGGAACUCCGGAAUCUGGAGGUCCAUCUGGGCCAUGAGGGAGGAGAGUGCUGUCACGGGUGCAGGUGUGCCCUGCUUCAGGGACUCCUCAAGCAGGUGGCUGGGCUGCAGCGAGAAAUCGGCAGCCUGAGGGAGUCUCUGAGGGUGACAGAUAGGAGGGGCCUCCCUGCCCCUGCUGUUGCUCGGCAGCCCUCUCCUAUGUCCCGACAAGGGAUAGAGGCUGCCCCCGUUGAACACAUGCGGAACAGAGGGCUAAACUGUCCGCAAGAGACAAGGGGCUGGACCCUUGUCUCGGCUCGGAGCAAAAUGAGACGUCUGCCCCUGACACCCACAAUGCCACCUACCCCCAUGGUGUCCCUGGGAAAUAGUCCCUGGGUGACUGGGAUGCAGAUAGAAGGAGCAAAACAGGACAGGUAAAUGACUGGCUGAGGGGGUGGUGUCUGGACCAGGGAUUUGGGUAUUUUGAUCUUGGGCCGUCCUUUGAGAGUCCGGGUAUGUGGGCUACGGACAGACACCAACUGAGCAAGUGGGGCGCAAGUGUGUUGGGGAACAAGCUCUCUGGGCUGAUUUCCAGGGCUUUAAACUAGGUUUGAUGGGGGAAGGGAGGGGAGCUAAAGGUGACAGAGAAGGGCUGGGGGAAGUUGUCACUGCUGACCCUGUUGAAGACAGGGAAAAACUUCUGAGCUCUCCCAUAGGAUUGUCUGAGGGCUUCUCAGAGAAGGUAGCGUUCCCGAUCCCCUGUCCAGUAUCAUCUUCUUGCAUCCCCCCAGGGGUAACUGCACCUGCUCCUUCCCUAAAGUGCCCUUUAUGUGAGGGAGCAAUUAGAGUGUACCCAGCUCCACCUGGGGGAGGGUGAAGGACAAGUGGAGAGCUUGUGGGUAAGAAUUAAGGGGUGGGCUGGUAUGGGAGACACGGUGGUAGGGGUCUACUACAGGUCUCCAGAUCAGGAGGAGGAAGUCGAUGAGGCCUUCUAUGAGUAGCUGCUAGUAGCCUCACGAUCACGAGCACUGGGUACGUCCGUUCCCUGAGCAGGCGGAUUCAAAGGAACAGCUGCUCCCUGAGCUGGCGGACUCAAAGGAACAGGAAAUGACGACUCCUGCUUGUCCUUGCCUUGUGCCCUGCAGUGUACAGGGGCUACUGGCAGGAGUAUGCUGUGGGCUACUGGACCGCUCCGCUGUUUCCAACGCCAUACGCUUACAACCUACGGUCUGCUGAGCCAGUACCCAACGGGACACUUCAUGGACUGUUCCCGCCUGUUACUUGCCAGGGAAGGAAGCUGACUACCAUCCAUAUCGAUGCCACCGUGCAGGCAGGUAUCAAUCUGACACAUGAAACACUCUUGUCAUCAGACAGCACCACGCAUGCGACGGAGGACGGAAAAGAAACCGUUCUGCCGGUGGCGCAAUUGUGCGGCUCCAUUGACAUUUGGGACAAUGGGACAAUAGCGGAUGUGACCGUUCCGCCGUGGACAGUUAAGACCAUGGUGCGCAAUCAGUCGGUGGCCUGGUUGUGGGUGGGGCCACUGGGCCAAGCUCCUGCACCGGUGGACUUUUUCCCUGGGGAUGUUUGGACUGUAAAUAGCCAUGCGACGGCCCCUUAUCAAUCGGUCCGCAUCGUACAAGUUUCGAACUCUGCUCAUUGGCGUUUACCUAACCCCUAUUGGUUGCUCUGUUCUCAGAAACGUGCUUGGAAGGUGAUCCCAGCUAACAGGACACUUGGUUUGUGCUCUAUGGGUCUGCUAUUGUGGCCGCAUCGCACUGCUCGCAGCCCACGAGCAACCCGAAGAGUCUCUAAAAUUCCGGUGUUGUUAUAAAUGAGAGAUAAAAGGUCAGCUCAGUACACACAGCAAGCAAGGAGCAAUCAAGAGGAAAAUUUAAUGAUAGGGUUAAUUAGAGAUUUCGCAAAAAUGCAGAAUGUGAGUCAAGUGACCGCUUGUUUACCUAUACCUAAAUCCGCAGGUGGUCCUAUACCCUGGGGCAUAAUCACAUCAUCGAUACCCCAGAUUGAGAAAAACAAAACAGUCCAAUGUGAAUCGGAAACAAUCAUAGAGACAGAAAUGCUGGGAGGGUUUUAUAGAAAGUGUAAGAUUCGCCUUUAUCCUUGGUGUAAAAAGGAAAGAAAUUACAUAUUUACGGACCUAGACAACGAGGAUGGACGACUAGGGAUGUGUGGGUAUGAUGCACCAUGCACACGACAAAAGGAAAAGGUUAUAUGGAAGUGCAAAGAAGGUAAUGAGAUAGGUGGAUUAGAGGGUUGGGAGUCAGCAUGGGCAUUAAGUAUACUGCAGAAAUACCAAUAUGGGGGGAAUACUUCUUGGUGUUUGCAAUGGGUAGGAAGGACGAAUAGUGACCAGAGUUUACUAUAUGAGACAGCUCAGAGGGAAACUAGUAGUCGGGAGAGGGUAAAGGCAGUCCCGUGGUGGAAUUGUACACAAAUAUUCAAUUGUGACACUGCUUUAGAAACAAUAUCUCUGCUCCCGGUAAAGAUAGCCUUAGCCACCGGAUGUGCAUGCAGAGGUCUACAAGUUAACAUGAGUAUCACCAAUCUGAAUAUAGCCAGCCAGACUGGUAGGGAAAAGAUCUUAGUGAAUUGUAAAUCUUCAACUAUACGAAGCAUGGGACAUUUUGUGUGGGCCGCCAGUGAUGGAACUUGGACAACUCAUUUAAGUUUGGAUGGCCCAGUAAAAGAAAUAACUUUAGGAUUGCCCACUCUUUUCCCACUUUGGAAGAAAUCCUCUCUCAUAAGGAGAAGGACAAAAAGAGAAGUAAGUGAAGAAAAUGAUGGGUGGCAGGAACCGUCCACUGGGAUUAAAUUUGGAUGGAUGGCAGAAUCGUUGUUUGCCCCGAUAGCUUCCUACCACAACAUAGAGCUGAUUUACAAUUUGAUGGGGCAAGUACAUAGAUUGGCCAGCAUUACCAGAAAGGGGUUUAAGGACUUGAAUAUACAGUUACAAACCACAACAAGAAUGACCCUGCAGAAUAGGUUGGCCCUGGAUAUGCUUUUGUUAAAAGAACAUGGUGUCUGUGGAUACCUGAAAGAAAAGGCUGACCAUUGCUGUAUACACAUUCCGAAUGUAACUGCCAAUGUAGAACGUGACAUAUCCCAACUAGCCCAGGUAGAAUCCAAAAUAAAAGAAGAGCAGCGUGACGCAGAACAGAAUUGGCUGGGGGCAACUCUCGAGGGGCUAGGCCUUCAUCUAGAAGGAUGGCUUAAAUCGCUUUUGCAAACAAUAUUGCUACUAGUAAUAGUAUUCAUUGUGAUAGGGCUAGUAUAUUCAUGUAUAAAAGCAAAAAUAGCUAGAAGCAGUAUAAUGAAUUGCAGCAUGCUGACCAUUCUCGCCAAAAAUCACGAGGAGUUCCCAUUAUCACCACUUGCUCCUGGGAUGGAUACUCGUCCCUAAGUAGUUAUGAUUAAAUCACGCUUAGCGUAAUGGGUUAAAGGGGGUACGUGCAUAAAGAGGGGGGAGAUGUGGGGUUAUUCUGGGUCGUGCCUGCGUGCACGAGGGGAAGGGUCUGGGGUGCCUGCGAGCACAAUGGGAGGGGUCCUGGGUUCCUGGGUGGGACGCUUUGGCACUAUAUAAGAUACUGUCACACAGCAAUAAAUGGGCUUACG